CGGGUGCGGGUCUUCGGGUUACGCCGAGCCUUGUGUUGGAGGGCACGAAUGCCAGGCUAUUUAUUCCAUUGACAACUGGGAGAAGCCGUGAUCGCGGCAGUCCUGGCUGCUGCUGUCCUCCAGGAGGUCCCUCCGCCGCUUGGCGCAGCAGUCGGUGCGGUUCCUUCCCGCAGCUCUGCCGGUUCUGUCCGUGCAGCGUUUCUAUCUUUCCCAGCCCCAGAGCUGAUUCUGCAAACCGGUCCUGAGCUGCGGAUCAGCUUCUCCACAGUCCUUUGUGUUGAACUGCUCUGAAUGUCUUCAGAGCGAGACUUGUGUCAAAAACUGCCUGGUGUUGUCGUUGCUGCUCUGCUGCAUCCUCAGAACAGAGCAAAUUUCACUGAAUUCUAAGCCUUGUGAGAAACUGUGUUUGGUCCAGUGGAGAAAGAGUGUUGGGGUUUUUUUUGAUUGGUUUGUUGGUUUUUUCCUGGUACCUCAUCUGCCACUGUCAUCUUACUUACAUUCCUCUUUCUCCAUUAACUUUUAUCCUCAAGGCGUAGGAGGAGUGGGAAACUGAACCAUCCCCUCUUUUGAUGCACUUAAAGAGUAUAUCACUAGCAUAAGGGGAAAGAAAUCUGUUUCUUUUCAGAAUGAUGGUACGUCCCAAAAUAAGAGGUGUAAUUAUUACUAGUUUUAGAUUUGAGAAUCAGUUUUCCUUUUAUAUGUAUUUAGUUCUGUAGCACCAGUAAAACACAAAGUUCUUUGCUUAGGUUACAUAGGUGGGUACUGACUGUUUGAGAGGUCAAGAUAAUUGAAAGCAGCAUCAGAGUGAAGGUUAAAAAUCAGUGCAAAGCCAUUUAACUGAUCCUGAAACUGCAAAAGUUCGGAUGUAAGAGUGAGCAUUUCAUUUUGAGUAAUUGCCAGUCAAUUGGAUGGGAGGCCUGAGCCUGGCACAUUGCAGAUAUGUGGAAUUUGGAAUGCACUCUUCCGUUUAAAAAAAAUAAAUAAAUAAAAAUAAAAAUUCCAUAAUAUGGAAGGGCAGGAUGGAAUAAAGGAUAUAAUCCUCCCAAUGCAUUCCCACUGCUUUCCAGUCAAAGCCUUUAGAACAACACUAUGUAGCCCAAUUCUACAAAUGCUCCCAUAAGUGGUUUGCCUUUGGGUGCAUAAUGGGUUACUGGUAGAGCCAGGAAUAGCAUGCAGCAAAUCCUGACUCACUGUUUGCUGCUAUAAUUGUACAGGGUGUAUUUUCUCCCAGAGUCUAAUACCGUUUCAACAAGAACUUGACAUCUUUUCUAGCAGUGGCACAGUGGGCAAGAACCAGUUUGAUUCCCUAACUCGAUCCUUCUGCAUGCAGAAUAGCACAGAAACAAUUACUUUUCUCUGGAGACACUGAAAGAUGUUGGAGCUUUUGCAGAAGCAGAUGUUUGUCUCUAAGUCUGUGUGCCAUCCAGGCAGAGUCACCCCUGUGUUCCCUCUGGGGAAGAUGCUGGGGACUCCAAUGAAGUGUUGGUUCUGUGGUGCCUGAGUAACUGAGGCUUUUUGUUUGCUGUACUGAGACAUGCUUCAGGAAGUGCUUUAUUGCAGCAGUCCCACUAAUAUGUCAAACAGACUUUUCCAGGAACGUGAAGAUAAUUUACUGUUUUAUGCACAGAACUUUGGUUUUCUACUCUUCUUUGUUUUGCAGAGAGCCUAGGACUUUCUCCUAGGUUUCUAGUUAAAUUGUUCCUAGGAUAGUUAAAUACCAAGUCAUGUCCUAGUCUUGGUAGUUUCUGGAGUCUGUUUUCAUGAAAAGGAGAGGGUAUCUUGUUUGAUCCUCAGUUGCACCAGUACAUGUUGCUGAGAUGGCCAACCUGCUGCACAUAGUGCCUAUGAAUACUUGAAAGAGAUAAGACUGUCUUUGUGAGGACGGGAAGGAGGGCCUGGGCACAAGAAGUGGAGCUGAGCUCAGCAAGAUGAUGUCUUGGCAAUGCAGAAUUGAUAGGCCAGCUCUCUUAGCAAGACCAAGCAUCCGAAGAAUUCACGUGUGAUUUUAGCUGGAAAAAAAAAACAAAGGUGUUUGCUUACUUUCUUUUAAAGAGUAGAAAACACUGAACUAUUUAUUUAUUUGCUUUAUCCUUUCCAUGUCUUUCUGUCGUUCUGUUUGGCAAGCUACCAUAGAGCAGACUGGAAGAAGGGGCAUGUUGUCUCAGUGAGCAGGCUGUGGGCUGUUGACUGCAGGGUUAGUUCUGAAGAAGGCCGAGUGAUACUGCUGACCAUGCUACAGCCAGUGUCACAGGGUCUUGGAAGCUUGUAGCACACAAGUUGGAGUCAUUUGGUUUUUGCAAGAGGUGUGGUCUUAAGCACCGAAUCUUGUAUUCUUUUUUGUAAUUUUAAAUGGAGACUGGAGGAAGCAAAAAAAAAAAAAAGAGGAAAAAAAAAUGUAAAACACACAUUUUCUCACAAAUAGGUAACUGCAUUGCCAUGGUAACUUGAGGAUUUCAAAUUCCAAGUACGCUGUGUCAGUGGGAGCAAAUUGGACGCUGCUGCUGGAAGCAGGAGUACAAAGAUUCAUCUUGUUGUCCUGCCACUUUGUUUCCUGCAUAUGGUGAAAGAGAAGGUCUCUUCCUACGCAGUGCCUAUUGUUAAAUCAUCCUUGUGUUCUUCCUUUUGGAGACAUGUUUUUUUCAAGAAAAGCCUCAUAAAAAAUUGAAUGCUUUGUGAAAAUACUGCAGAGCCUUUAGGAAAUAAGUUGUGACUAUGCCAAAAUACAUGAAUAGCUAUUACAAAUUUUGCAUGAACUUAAUGGUAUGAGCUUUAAAAAUAAAACUCUGUUAUUCAUCCUUCUACUUAUGCAGUUAGUUCAUUCUUUGCUGUUUAUUUUAAUCCUUAGUGAAAGGUCAUUGUCAUAGCUGUGGCAUGCGUAAUGUUUUGAAGACUUCCUAUUUAACUAGGCAUGAUUUCUCAUGUGCUUCCUAAUGCAGUGGGCGAGUCUGACCAGGACCAUGGUUGGCACCACCACCAUAGCCAGACUGUGGGCAAUGUGCUGAUCAUCUUUCUUUAAAGAAACAUCUGCUAGCUUUCAUGUACAUAUCUAAAGGGAAAUUUGAAAGAAUAUUCCAAAAACAAUGGAAUCAGAGCUGCGCAGAAUGACAGUAAUGAAUUAAUCUGAUUUGGAUUUUUCCUCCCAAAGAUCACAGUGGACUGUGCAUGCUCUAGUCUUUUCCAUUGGCAUGAAGGUGCUGAAGUGCAAGCUUGUUCUUGGAGUGAUUUAUUUAGAGCCUGGCAUGUCUGGGCACUGGGGUUUCUAGUUGUGUUUCCACUGAUGCGUGCUUCUUGUGCUUCUUUCUCUCUUUCGUUCUCAGCUUUCUCAGCAUUUUGUGUUGUUUUUUUUUGUUUUUUUUUUGUAAAUUCUCUGGUCUGUUAUUAGUUGAUCCAUGGUUUCCGGCAGUGAGUUCUUCCCCCAUCAUCAUAUUCAGCAGAUUCGUGGUGGGUUGACAAUGCAAGUAAUUUAUGCAAGUAUAAUAAUUAGCUAAUACUAGUGAUGUUAGAGGUGGCAGUGAAUUGCAAGGUAGUAUUGCCAUCCUGACUUUGAGAUGAGAACUUAAUGUGACAUUUAGGAAGGAGAUGCCAUUGCACAAUCCCAGGCAGCUGAAAUACCACCUUCUUAGAUGGGGUUAUUGCUCUACUUUAUCAAAUGUCAUCUUCGCUACUUGCUCCUUUCACUGCUUCUAACAACUUGCAGAUUAUCUUUGUUAACCAUUCGAAUUAACUUGUGGAAGGAGAAAUUGCAGGAAGGGUGUCAGAUGAACUGCAUUCUGUGCGUGGUUUGGGAUAGCAGUGGUGAAGGCUGAGUUGCUAGAGGUUCUCUGAUGUGAAAUGUAGUGCUGUUACUGUCAAAUUGCAGUAAGAUUGCUGCAGCAGUAAAUUUUAAUUGCUUUGGGUUAGUCAAAGUGUUAUUGUGCCAUCUUUUCUUCUGUGCUAUGUAGCAAAGCAAGUUAGACCUCCUUGCUUUAAUUGUUUUUAUUGCAGUAAAGCCACGUGGUCUCCCUUCUUGAAACUACAACCCUGCAGAUUUACAGUACUUGAUGGGGGCCGUAACCCUGGACAGGUCUAUGAUAGGUAGGCUGCAGUCCAACUCCAUCUGCUGCCUUCCCCCUGCCUCAUCCCUCUUGGAGCCAUUUGUUCACUAGAACUUCUGCUCUGCUGUCAGCACCAACAGCCUGAGAGGUGGGCUUGCUCAGUAGAAUGAAAGCUGGGAAUUGAAUGGUUGAUAUGUAUGAGAUUUAUAGCUCUAUGGGCAUGAUCCUUCUUUGUUUUCCUGUGCUGCUGCUAUGGAUACAGCUUGCAAUGGAGCACAGGAGUGUGACUUGCUUGCAGGCUCGCAAACUCCUUCGUUUCCUACCUGCAGCCAGGCUCCCUGAAUGGUCUGGCCAUCCCAGCAUCUGGGGCAAGUAAAUGUGAUUGUAGCGUUAGGGCUUAAUCAACUAGAUGGAAGAGAAUGAAGAGAGUGAGAAAAGUGAUAAACUUGUUUCAUGGAGAGGAUAAGCAGCGGGGUAGCUUUUUUUUUUUCUUUCUGCUCCUCGCUUUCCUCCCAUCCAACUUCUUCUGUUUUGUUACUGCAGUUCUGUUUGCUCCUUGUACCAACUGAAUAAUAUGAGAAGCUGGAAAUUGUGUAAAUGCUUGUAGUUCACAGGAGUCAUAGGAAUCACAGGACCGUAGGAGUUGGAAAAGACCAGUGGAGAUCCCUUGGUUCAGCCUCCUGCUAACGCAGAUUCUCUGCAGUUUGCAAAGACGACAUCUGGUAGAGAUAUGGGAUGUCAUGGUCUGAAUGCAGAUCACAGCAUACUUCCAGAAGUUAGCAGCUCUACAGCCACACAGCUUUGCUGUGAAAGCAAGAAGUGCAAAAGACCAACUGGAACGUGUGUUUUUGCGUCUCGGCCAUGCAGAAACAGACGAGCAGUUGCAGAAUAUUAUUUCCAAAUUCCUACCCCCUGUUCUCCUCAAGCUGUCCAGUACUCAGGAAGGAGUUCGUAAAAAGGUCAUGGAGCUGCUGGUUCAUCUGAAUAAGCGAAUAAAAAGUCGCCCAAAAAUCCAGCUUCCUGUAGAGACAUUGCUAGUUCAGUAUCAAGAUCCUUCUGCAGUGUCUUUUGUCACUAAUUUUACCAUUAUUUAUGUUAAGAUGGGAUACCCUCGUUUGCCUGUGGAAAGACAAUGUGAAUUGGCUCCAACUCUUCUCACUGCAAUGGAAGGGAAACCCCAACCACAGCAAGACAGCCUAAUGCAUCUUCUAAUACCAACCCUUUUUCACAUGAAAUAUCCUGCUGAACCACUGAAAGCAGCAGCUUCUCCAUUUAAUCUUGCUGAAAAACCAAAGACUGUACAGCUGCUUUUGGACUUUAUGUUGGAUGUUCUUCUUAUGCCUUAUGGGUACGUACUGAAUGAAUCUCAGAGUCGGCAAAACAUGCCCUCAGGCCAGGGCUCUUCAUCAAGUACUGUGGGAGGUCCUGGAAUCCCUCAGCCGCCUCCAGGGAUGAGCUUUUAUGCAGCCAAGAGAGUAAUUGGAGAUAGCCCAUGGACACCAGAGCUGCUGGAGCAGUGUAAGCUGGGGAUAGUGAAGUUCAUUGAAGCAGAGCAGGUGCCGGAACUUGAAGCUGUUGUACAUCUGGUUGUAGCCUCCAGUGAUACAAGACACAGCGUGGCCACUGCAGCAGACCUUGAAUUGAAGAGCAAACAAAGUUUAAUUGACUGGAACAACCCUGCUAUCAUCAACAAAAUGUAUAAGGUGUAUCUUGGGGAUAUACCAUUGAAAACCAAGGAGGGAUCUGUUCUGAAGCCAGAAAUGAAACGAGAGUCAGUCAGCACUCGUGUUAAAUUAAAGAUUGUUCCUCAUCUUCUACAAUCCAGACAAGCUGCAGAAACAUUCCCAGCCAACAUUCAGGUGGUUUAUGAUGGACUCUUUGGUGCAAACACAAAUGCAAAACUGAGAAGUCUGUCCCUGCAGUUUGUGCAUCAUAUUUGCAUUAUUUGUCCAGAAAGUAAAAUAAAGCCAUUAGGCCCAGUGCUUCUAAAUGGACUUACAAAGGUGAUCAAUGAAUACAAAGAGGAUUCAAAAUUGCUGUCAAUGGCUUAUUCAGCAGUUGGAAAACUCUCCAGCCGAGUGCCUCAACUCUUCACCAAGGAUAUAGCACUGGUACAGCAGUUUUUUGAAGCUUUGUGCAAGGAAGAUGCUGAUACAAGGCUUGCCAUUCAGGAGGCCUUGUCUAUGAUGGUUGGAGCAUACAGUAACUUGGAAGGAGCCCAGCGUACUCUGAUGGAAGCUCUUGUAGCUUCUUACCUAAUAAAGCCUGAAGUUCAAGUACGUCAAGUGGCUGUGAAAUUUGCUAGCACAGUGUUCCCUCCAGAUCAUAUCCCUUCCAGAUACUUACUGCUUUUAGCAGCAGGAGACCCGCGGGAGGAGGUACAUGGAGAAGCGCAGCGAGUGCUGAGAACAUUUCCUGGUAAAAAUGAAAAAGAGAGUUCUGGGAAGCAGAUGCCUUCCUUCCCUGAAAUGGUUCAUUAUAUUCAAGAGAAGGCCUCUCACCGAAUGAAAACUCCAGCUAAAUAUAUGACAGGAACUGCAGCACUGCCUUUCAAUCCUGCCACGUUUGGAGAGAUAGUCCUGUACCUGCGGAUGUGUCUUGCUCACAGUGCAGGUGUGGUGCCAACCUCACAGAGCUUGGCAGAUAUGCAAGACCAUGCCCCAGCCAUUGGACGUUACAUACGAAACCUCAUGUCUGGCAACCACAUAUCUUUCUCUUCCACCUCUUCCUCCAAAAGUGCAGAAACCAAUCCUGUACAGAUAUAUAUUGGCCUACUUCAGCAGCUCUUAGCUGGUGUUGGAGGUUUGCCAGUCAUGUAUUGUCUUCUGGAAGUUGUUUCAGUGUAUCCAGAGAAGCUAGCCGCCAGAUUUGUAGACAAAAUGGAUUGGAUAAGGGGCCUGAUGAACACAAACAAAGAAGAAAUGCGUGAGCUCGCUGCCCUGUUCUAUUCUGUAGUGCUGUCUACAAUGUCUGGGAAUGAGCUUAGGACCUCUGUGGAGCAGCUGAUCAAGAUGACAAAAGACAAUCAUAGCCCGGAGGUCCAACAUGGAUCCUUGUUGGCUUUGGGAUUUACAAUAGGAAGGUACUUGGCCAAUGGGAAAAUCAGAGCAAUGGAGCUACAUGACAUACAGCAGCCAAACACUUCAGUCAUGCCGGAACAAGAGCAGCUCAUAAAGUCAACAACAGAGACAAUAGGUUCUUUUCUGGACAGCACCUCUCCCUUUCUUGUGGUGGCUGCUUGCACUGCUCUGGGAGAGAUUGGCAGAAAUGGCCCCUUGCCAAUCCCCAGUGAAGGCACGGGCUUUACAAAGCUGAAACUUGUUGAAAGCUUACUGGCCAGAAUCCCUUCCAGCAAGGAAACAAAUAAGAUGAAGGAACGAGCAAUACAAACAUUGGGUUACUUUCCUGUGGGAGAUGGAGAUUUCCCCCACCAAAAGCUACUGUUGCAAGGUUUGAUGGAUUCUGUGGAGGCCAAACAAAUAGAACUGCAGUUCACUGUGGGUGAAGCUAUUACCAGUGCUGCUGUGGGAACCAGCUCAGUGGCUGCACGUGAUGUGUGGACAGUCACAGAGGAGGAAUAUAUCCCUGCCCCAGAUCUGAAGGUAAAUGAUUUGGUUCCCUGGGUCCUAGACCUAAUUUUGAACAAGCACAUUAUCAGCCCUAACCCACAUGUUAGGCAAGCAGCUUGCAUCUGGCUUCUGUCAAUGGUGAAGAAGCUGAGUACACACAAAGCAAUUAAGUCUUACCUCAAGGAUAUUCAAAGUGCAUUCGUUUCAAUUCUGUCAGAUAGUGAUGAGCUCAGUCAGGAUGUUGCUUCAAAAGGUCUUGGUCUGAUAUAUGAACUAGGAAGUGAACAGGAUCAGCAACAGCUAGUCACCACGCUUGUUGAUACCCUUAUGACUGGGAAAAGAGCCAAACAUGAGAUGACUGGAGAAACUGUGGUGUUUCAGGGUGGCUUGAGCAAAACCCCAGAUGGUCAAGGUCUUUCUACCUACAAGGAGCUUUGUUCACUUGCUAGUGAUCUCAAUCAGCCUGAUCUGGUGUAUAAAUUCAUGAAUCUGGCCAACCAUCAUGCCAUGUGGAAUUCUCGCAAGGGAGCAGCUUUUGGUUUCAAUGUGAUAGCUGCCAAGGCUGGAGAGCAGCUGGCUCCGUUUUUGCCCCAGCUUCUUCCUCGGCUUUACCGUUACCAGUUUGACCCCAACCUGGGCAUUCGGCAAGCAAUGACCAGCAUUUGGAAUGCCUUGGUCACUGACAAAUCGAUGGUUGAUAAGUAUAUGAAGGAAAUUCUUGAUGAUUUGAUCAGUAACCUAACUAGCAGUCUGUGGAGAAUCAGGGAAUCCAGCUGUCUUGCAUUGAAUGACCUGCUGAGAGGAAGGCCUUUGGAUGACAUCAUAGACAAGCUUCCAGAAAUCUGGGAAGUUAUGUUUAGAGUGCAAGAUGACAUUAAGGAGUCUGUGCGAAAAGCAGCAGAACUAGCCUUAAAAACCUUAAGUAAGGUUUGUGUGAAAAUGUGUGAUCCCUCCAAAGGAGUUGCUGGUCAGAAGACAGUAGCUGUAUUGCUCCCUUGUCUCCUUGAUAAAGGAAUAGUCAGCACAGUUGCUGAAGUCCGGUCUCUCAGCAUUAACACUCUUGUGAAGAUCAGUAAAAGUGCUGGAUCUAUGCUGAAACCUCAUGCACCAAAACUUAUCCCAGCCUUGCUGGAGGCCUUGAGUGCACUGGAGCCUCAGGUCCUCAGUUACUUAAGCCUCUGUGCAACAGAUCAAGAUAAAACUGCAAUGGAUAGUGCCAGACUUAGUGCUGUCAAGUCAUCUCCUAUGAUGGAAACCAUUAACAUGAGCUUGCAGUACUUGGAUGUUUCUGUCCUGGGUGAGCUGAUUCCUCGGCUGUGUGAACUGAUAAAAAGCGGAGUAGGCCUAGGCACAAAGGGAGGCUGUGCCAGUGUAAUUGUCUCACUAGCCACACAGUGUCCCCAGGACCUAACACCUUAUUCAGGCAAACUUAUGAGUGCUUUACUUACUGGCCUGACUGAUCGGAACAGUGUGAUACAGAAGUCUUUUGCUUUUGCUAUGGGGCAUCUGGUCCGGACUUCUCGGGACAGUAGCACCGAGAAAUUACUGCACAAGCUUAACAGCUGGUACAUGGAAAAGGAAGAGCCAGUGUACAGAACAGGCUGUGCUUUAACUGUACAUGCUGUGGGACGCUACAGUCCGGAUGUAGUGAAGAACCAUGCCAAACAGGUGUUGCCAUUGGCUUUUCUUGGCAUGCAUGAAGUUCCUGAUGAAGAAAAAGGAGAAAAAGAUGAUUCUACUCUGUGGGCGGAAGUUUGGCAGGAAAAUGUACCGGGUACUCAGGGUGGCAUUAGGCUGUAUAUGCAGGAGCUGAUAGCCAUUACACAGAAGGCAUUGCAGUCCCAGUCCUGGAAAAUGAAAGCUCAGGGAGCAGCUGCCAUGGCAUCAAUUGCCAAACAGACCAGCUCCCUUGUACCUCCACAUCUGGGAACAGUGCUGUCUGCAUUGCUGCAGGGCCUGCCAGGGAGAACAUGGAUUGGAAAGGAGGAGCUGUUAAAGGCUAUCACCAGUGUUGUCUCUGCCUGCAAUGCAGAGCUGCAGAAGUCAGUGCCUGGCCAGCCCAGUGUCAAUGAUGUUGUCCAGGCUGUACUGAAAGAGUGUCGGAAAGAGAACCUGAAGUACAAGAUGGUGGCACUAAGCUGCAUGGCUGCAGUGCUGCAGGCAACCAAGGAAGAUCGGUUCCAGGAGCUGGCAGAUAUCAUCUUCCCCAUGAUAAAGAAGAACUCUGAGAAUGUGGGUGCAAGUUUACCAAAGCUUGACGAAGAAGAUGAGGAUGCGAGAGAGAGGGAGCUGCAGCUGGAGUCCCUGCUCUGUGCCUUCGAGACCCUGGGCAAAGCCUGGCCAAGGAGCCCGGAGACGCAGCGUUGCUAUCGCCAGCAGUUUUGCAAGUUAAUGUGUGACCAUCUGAAACUCAGCACAUGGAAAGUGCAGCUCGGAGUGCUGCAAGCCAUGAACGCCUACUUUCAGAGGUUGGUGCUGUUUGAGGAGGAGCAUGCAGACCCUGGGGCAUUGACAGAAAUACUGUUGGAAACCUGUUCAUCUAUCACCCAUUCUUUAGAAAACAAAAGCUACACGUCCGUCAGAACAGAAGCUUUGUCUGUGAUACAGCUACUGCUCACCAGACUGCAAGAGUCUAAACAGUGGGAAAGUCUGAAACCAGAAAGCAGAGAGCACCUCAUCCACUCCUUAUCUACAAUGGCAUCAGACAGCAGAGCUGAGCUACAGGAGAAGGCAUUUGUAUUGAAGAAAACACUUGAAAAUCUAAACUAAAUGUAAAAACAUCAACUAUGAAGUGCCAUGUAAAACAAAAAAAAAAAGUGCAGUGGUCUGAAAACCAAGUGGGAAAAUGAAGAUUACUCUGUAGCAUGCAUCAUUCCUGGCCAAAAUAAAAAAUGCCUUAAGUUCUGUUCCCCAUUAAUGUUACUUUUACUCUUUUGAGCUUAUUAUUAGUUACUAUUUUGUCAGUAAAUACCUCUUAAUGAUCUGCCCUAGAAUGUUUCUAAGUGUGCAUUAAAAAAAAAAAUGUAGAGGGCAAGAUGCUUUUAUUUCCCUUUCAGUCAGCAGAAGAAUGUUACUCAGAUCCCCACUGUCCUGCAAAGCAAUUACUGAAUAACCACCAGCACAGGAAGUGAAAAGCUUCACUCGUGUCGUGUGUGGAGAUCUGUUACCCGGUGUCAUUGAGACUCUGCAGUAGGGCUAGUGUUCAUUACCUGUAAAGAAUGAAACACUGCCCCUGAAGUCUGCGUUAAACUCCUGUGGCUUCCAGGGGCAGCAUUUCAUCUGGCACCCACCUCUGCUUCUCCUAUUUGCUCCUCCCUUGCAGCCUCUUGUCCGUGAGCUAUGAAAGGCAGAAUACUGUUAGGUUAUCUCCUUCUUCUCUGACCUCAGAAUGGAUUGACCGAGGCUUUGCCUUCCCCAGCUGUAACCUCGGCCUCCCAAACUUUAAAUGAGAACUUUCUCAAAGGAUGCACAAGAGAGCACUUUACUGAGCUGUGUGGGACAAAAUUGGGCCUCUUUGGUGCCCAGGUAGAACACUGCUCUUCUCAAAAUUGUUUUGCAUGGACACUCCUCAGCUGCAGGGGAAAAAAAAAAAAAAGAAAAAAAAAAAGGGAAAACAAUCUUUUCUAGAUAUGUUUUUGAAGAGUGUUCGAAGUUUGCAAUGAUAUUUUUAAAUAGUGGUAAUAUUUUUUCCCCUUCAUGUUCGUAACUCUGUUCUUGCUUUGGAAAUCUGUAUUGAUUUAGAAUUGUCAGUAUUUGUAAGGAACUGAGUUGUAUGUUGUUUCUCAGCAGCCCAAGUGAUGCUGGUUUCUAGCAAAUACUUUUUAAUUUGCACUUAAGAAGAAAGAUUAUAUCUGCAUUAGCGUGGAGUAAAGUUGCUAUUUGAUGAUGUGGCCAUGCUGCCUGUCCCUUGUUGCCCUCCUCAGAUGAAAGACAAACCUGACCACUACAGCAACAGACUUUUCAUAGCAUAAAGUUAGCGCUGCACCACAACCUGGCCAGCCGCAUGUGUACAGUUUUUUGGGGAUAAAUGCUUUGCUGAUGGUGAAAUAAAAUCAUUGUUGUGGGUACCACCAUGUCCAUGGUUUCCAGCACAGGAAAGCUUCUUUCUUUUCUUACAAGCCGUGGAGCUCCUUUCAGGGAGGAUCUGUUAGGACGAGAAUUGUUCAGACAACAUCACCUUUCCUCCACGUCCAUUUAUUCAUAAUCAGGUGUACAGUACCUACUUUUCCCUCAGGUGCCAUUUCCCAUUCAGUAUUUCCUGGUACUGUGACAUCCAGUUGUCUGGCUUUGUCCACGGCAAGGGAGGAAUGUAGAUUUUACACAUCUGGUAAGAAAAUGUCUGCAAAAAUGGGCAGAGCUGUCCCACUGUGGCUCUUGUGUAGCAGAACCCUCAGCAAGCACUAAUGCUUUGUGCACUAGGGCUGGUCAGCAAGCAACUUCUUGGUGCUGGGAGCUGGUGCUAUAACACUUUGAUUUACACCUUGUUGCAGGGAGCUGCUCUUUGUUUACGUGUAGCUUGAACUAUUGAGCACAGUGUAUGUUUUAAAUCUUUACUGGGCAAAUCACUUUACAGUAUCUUUACAGAUUUGCUUGCCAUGACGCGUAUUGUCAGUGAGCGCUCAUUUAUUUUGUAUUAGAUGAAUAUUACCAGUGAUGCUUUGCUGUAGCAGUUCAUUGUCUGACUUGGGUUUUUUCGUGUUUGGUUGGAGUGACAGUUACAGAAAACAAGUCUCCAGGUCUCUGGUAAUCUGAUUUUUCACUGCAGACUGGAGUAUGUGGAGGCAAUGCCUCACGUGGUCGAAAGGCUGUAAGGAGAACUGUACUAAUUGUCGAUAGCAGCCUGACUUUAUUGGGGAUUUACACUAGAGGGAAGAGCAUAUUCUAGGAACUCUAAAAACAGCUGGCUUGACAGCUCUGGCCGAGUGUUAGGAAGGUUAGAGAUGGCUUACUACUGUCUGAAUCACAAAGCAAUAUGUCUUUCUCGUGGUUACAGAAGAUUCAGAGCUCCUCUCUAAAGCACGUGCCUAUACACAGAACCUACCUGUACAACAGUUAAUUCAGUCAGAGGCUUGAUUUCUACCCCCCUCAUUUGUAAACGUGACAGGAUUAAAAAUAAGUAGAUGUGGCCUUCCUAGAGUUUUUCCUCUAAAAGUGAUUGCACUAUGUAAAACACACUGUACUUUGCCCAGCCUGGGCAUCCUUGUGCUGCUGCAAUGCUGCUUUGUAUACCAGGGGUGCAGUGCGCAGAUUUGACACUAGCACUCAUUCUGACCUACAAGCUGUUGCUUCAAUGGAUGUAUAUUGAGAAGUUUUCUAAUGUUGCAAGAUCUCCAUCAAACUCACUGCAAUCUGUACUGUCAAAGUAUGUAAAGGGACUGACUGAAAGAAAACCCUGUUGCUUACCAGAAAGGUAAAUCUAAAUAAAAGAUGCAUGACCUGUC